AUGUCAGUCAAUCUUACGAUGGAAAUCAUAAAAGCAAAUGAUGACAACAACAUAAACCUCAAUAAUUGUAACAGAACGGAUAUUGCAGAUGAACACGACAAUGCACUUUACUCGUUUUGUGAAACGAGUCACACGAAUUGGAAUGAAAACAAUAAAGUUGGAUACUUAGAAGAACAAUAUGAAAUUCUUCAUUCAUCUGUUAUAGCUUUGACUUCACAUUUUUCACAGGUACAGUUACGAAUUCAUCAAAUUAUUGAGUCACCUGAUGAAGAGAAAAAACAUUUACUUAAAAAUUUAGAAGAAUUUGCAUUUAAAGGCAUCCCAAACGUGUAUACGAAUUGCUCUUUGAACCACUUACUUGUGACAACGAACGAUGACGACAAUAUGGUUGAAAAGAAACAUCAAGUUCAAAUUGAAGUAAUCAAGGAAAUGAAAAAACAAUUGGAAGCUUUAGAGAGCCAUAUAUACAAUAAUAAAGACGAAUUUGAUCUUCCAGAAAGUUUCGUAGACGUUUUCCGCGAAAGACAAAACAACAUAAUUAAUCAAGUAGAAAAAAAAUUAAAUUUAAGUAUCAAAAACUCUAAAAACAUGUCUGUAGAAGAACUAAAAGAAGAAGUUGAUAACGCAAUUCAAAAACUGGUAAAUCCAAUGAAAGCCACAGAACAUUUGGUCGAUCAGUUAAAAACCCAAAUAGCAGAUCUUGAAAGGUUUAUACAAUAUUUACAAACUGGUAAAAUCAAAUUGAGAACACCAGGAGAUAAAAUCACGAAAACAUCAGUAUCUAAGGACAAAAGUUUUGAACGCAAAUCGAGAGACGUGAAAACUGUGGGUGCUGUUAGACGGUUAACUGCAAUAAUACAAAUGUUCAUCGGUACUCAAAUAUCAUGCACUCAACGACAUUUCAAAAUGAAUACACUGAAGAAAUCAAUGAAAAUAAAUCACUGGGGUGAUUACAGAGCCAACUUGGAGUUGGUUGUUGCAGAACUAUUGGAAAUGCUCGCUUUACCUGAAGUUCAUGUUGAUAGUGAUUACAUGUCAGACUCCGAAGGCGCCAUAGCUGCAAUGGAAUGCAACGGAAAAAUAGCUUUAAUGGUUCGGAAUCGAUUAGCUCCAGCCAUUCAACAUUUGAUUCAACAUGGCCUCAUGGUGGUUGGUCAAAGUACGAGUGUCGUACCAUUUGUGGACUGUUUGCAUCCAAAGAUGAACAACUCAAAAUCAUCAAUGCAUGCAUGGGAGCUUAUAUUAAAAUACUAUGAGAUCAAAAACGGUGAUUACUUCAACUCGACACCUGCCCGUAAACUAUCUCAGAGUUUCAAUUUAGACAUUGAAGGCUGUAAAUCGUCAGUUUCUUAUAAACAAUGUCUACUGUCUAUUAUUGGAAAUAUAAUAACAUCUCAUUCCCGAUAUAAAAGAAGUUACGGUUCGUGCUUUAAAGCAUUCGUGUGCGCUGGACUGAAUUCAAAAAUGUUUGUCAGUUGGUUAAAAUUUAUAUUCAAAUGUCAACCAUUGGUCGAACUUUACUAUCAACCUUGGAGUUAUGUGGCGCAAACAGGUUUCGACGAUGCAUUGCGUUCACUGGAAAAAUUGAAUCAAUAUAAUUUUGAUCUACCAGCAGAUUUAGCUAUCCGACAACUACAAAACAUAAAAGAUGCUUUUUAA